AAACAAAGUGCCGCGGGGGAGCGUUUCCAGCCGGGGCCGCUUCUCGGGCGGCCCGCCCUUUUCGCCGAGGAGGAGGCGUCUGCGUGGAGGCGUCGGUGGAGCGUGGGGAGACGCCGCGGGGCCUCCGCCAUGCCGCAGAACGAGUACAUCGAGCUCCACCGCAAGCGCUAUGGGUACCGCCUGGACUACCACGAGAAGAGGAGGAAGAAGGAGGGACGCGAGGCUCACGAGCGGUCCCGGAAAGCCAAGAAGAUGAUCGGGCUGAAGGCCAAGCUCUACCACAAACAGCGGCAUGCUGAGAAGAUACAGAUGAAGAAGACCAUUAAAAUGCAUGAAAAGAGAAACACAAAGAAAAAGAAUGAUGAAAAAACACCUAAAGGAGCUGUACCAGCAUACCUGCUGGACAGAGAAGGCCAGUCCCGGGCUAAGGUUCUCUCUAACAUGAUCAAGCAGAAAAGAAAAGAAAAAGCCGGGAAAUGGGAGGUUCCUGUGCCAAAGGUCCGUGCACAAGGAGAAACAGAAGUUUUAAAAGUGAUACGUACAGGAAAGAGAAAGAAGAAGGCCUGGAAGAGAAUGGUUACAAAAGUUUGUUUUGUUGGAGAUGGCUUUACGAGGAAGCCUCCUAAAUACGAGCGAUUCAUUCGACCAAUGGGCUUACGUUUCAAGAAGGCACAUGUGACACAUCCUGAACUUAAAGCUACAUUUUGCCUACCUAUCCUUGGUGUAAAGAAGAAUCCUUCUUCUCCUUUGUACACAACACUGGGUGUAAUUACCAAGGGUACUGUCAUUGAAGUGAACGUGAGUGAGCUUGGCCUUGUGACACAAGGGGGCAAAGUCAUCUGGGGGAAAUAUGCACAAGUAACAAACAAUCCAGAAAAUGAUGGCUGUAUUAAUGCAGUUCUACUUGUUUAAGUUGUGUUUGAUACUAAGCAUCGGACGUGGGCUCCUGCAAAAUCAGUGGUUUCAACAAGUUUGCAAGAUCUCCGGAACUGUCAACCAUUCAAGACCAUUGACCCCAGAGGCUGGUGAGGAACUUAAACAUGCCAGAAGUGACUGCUCAGGUUUUAAUAUGUAUUAUGUUUGCUCAGCUGAACGAUGUCCAAAUAAAGUGUUUCAGUUUUCA